AUGUCUGCACGAGCCGUUGUCCACACAGAUGAACGAUACCGAGAUUAUCAUUUCCUUGACCCAGGUCUUGUGCCUCUGGCAAGGAGCCGCGCACUCACAGAAUCCAAACACAUCCAACACUCAGCUGCUGCACGUCUAAACACUUGCACAGCUCAGCAGCCAUCAGCAGAAGCAACCACCACGCUCAUUCAUCUCUUUGCCUACCAGGAAAAGCCCCUUUGGAAAGCUCCCCCCUCCCCGAACAAAACCCUCGCCCUUCCCGCAGCCCGUGAGCCGUGGCUGCCGUCCUGGACCCUUCACACCUUGAAGAACACGGCUGUUCUCCAGCCCAACCGCCUUCACCAUUCCUUCCACAUCGUCCACCCACCAGACUCAAAUACCCCUUCGUACCCUAGCUUCACCCUCAGCGGCAAGGGAUCGUGA